ACAGUCCAACAUGAAGCUGUGUCUACUCGUCCUCUCUGCCUGCCUGGCCUACGCCACGGCCCAAAUACCUAUCAGAUGCUCUGCUCCGCGAGAAUGGGAGGCUCGUCUCAUCGAGUUCGACCCCGCCAAGAAGUUUGACCGUCGUGCCAAGGUCACCUAUGACACUGCCAACCAGAGAGUGAGGAUCGUCGAGGAGGAGUACAUCGGGGGCCAGAAGGAAUUCAUGGAUGUCCUUUAUCUUCAUAAUCAGGGUAUUGAAUACAGGCUAGACAUCAAGACCAGGAAGUGUGAGAAGAAGCCCAUCUCGCGCCCAUUCCCUACCCUACAGAUCCCAACCAAUGCUACCUUCUAUGGCGAGUUCUACAUAGGGACCUCCUCUGUUCUCGGUGAAGGAGUCCUGGUCGAGGCCUGGGGAGGCGAACACGAAGGAGCCAGAGUGAUGGGAGAAUGGACGGUGAAGGACUGUCUGCCAAUUUCAUUCGUCAGUUUCGGUCCAAAGAUCGGAUUCUUCUCAUCCAGACACUACGACUACACCCUCGGAAUCUCGGACCCCAUGGUCUUCGUCCCACCAAAGGAAUGCAUGUAACUUGCUCAGUGAAGCGCCGAACCACGUAGAUCUACGUGGCCCAAUUCCCCCCUUGUUAUCGGAACUGGUUAUCGGAGUCUCAUGGACUUCGCCAUUGCCAUCUUCAGUUUCUAGUUUCUAGUGUCUAGCUUCAGCUUUUCAGUUUCUACCGUGCCCUGAAGAUGGCGAUGGCGUAGUUCAGAACUUUAGAUGACUUCAUAACAUAACAUAACAUAACAUAACAUAACAUAACAUAAUUUAUUUCUCUCCAAAAAACCCUUUCGGGUAUAAGAGGUUACAUGAUUUAACAUUUACAUAUGGUGGACCAAGCUGAUGAAUUCUUUACAAAAACUAUGAAUAUUGUCUAAGUUUACCCGGGAACAUUUAGUCAUAAUGCGAUGGAAAAAUUCAUGAUAAAAAACCUGAGGUAAUUCUUUUAAGUUUGGAAACAACCUUACUCGCAUGUGACGGAAAUACGGACACGUAAUAAAAUAAUGAAGUUCGUCUCUUACACAAACCUGGUCACAAAGACCACAAAUAUUUUCUGCAGUUUCAUUUCUAUACAUUCUGGUUACUGUUUCUGGGAAUUUUAUAGAUCCAGUACGAAAUUUACAAAUACUGACCGUUUGAUAUAAUGGUAAUUUUUUAACAUAGGGCUCCAUAUUCAGGUUUUGUUUAAACAUUCUAUAAAUUAUACAUCUGAAAUCGUUAUUUACCUCGUUUCUCCAUAGUUGUUCACACUGGUCUCUCAUUAUCUGUUCAACUACAAUUUUCAGUUCUCGUAGGGACAAAACCUCGGGAGUAUACCAAAUUUGAGUGAGGCCACAGCCGUCUAGAACAGUUUUCACACUUUUACACCAGCCUUGGUUUAAAUAACCCUUGUCUAAAUGCUCCCUAGUUAUGUUAUAAAAGAUAUAAGCCCAUUUAUCUGUUUUUCCAAU